AUGCCUCCUGUUGCUGGACAACACAAGGUUCUUGGCUUUGUCUCACAAUCGAAUCGUGAGACAGACUGCAAGGUAUUUCGGGAUAUCACUCAAGCAGAUUACGAUUAUAUAUCUCGCAAGAUUGAAGACUGCCCUGCAAAACCAAGGUUAGAAUACAACUGCGAUACCCGUACCCUUGUUGUCGAGAUGCCUUCCCCCGUACACGAGGCCAUUAUCAAGGUUAUCAGCAAAGGAUUGGAACGCCUAGACCAGAUUCUGCAGGAAUACAUCACCGGGGAUCUAUUGUCCUUGGACACCCACACUAACUUAACGAUCGACGGGGACUCAGUGAAAUGCAUCCCCGAUAUCCUCCACAUGUCAAGAGCUGACCUAAUACAGCGCCUCAGAGACAGGGUCAAGGCAUUCCCGGAUGUCGGAUUGCUCUUCAUGGCUGAAGUCCAGGAACGGAUCCCCUACAGCGCACCCGCACACUCGAGUCAUGCGUGGCAAAAGCUACAAAAAGAGGAGGAAGUUCGUUCCUACACCACCUUCCUUUCCAACCGCACCGGGCCAAGAUUGCUCAAUAGACCCGCCGGGAUUAAGGUUGAACGGCACAUCUGGCAUGCGAUGUCAAGCGUGCAUCUUCAGGUCUGGGUGCAAGACUGUGACAGGCGAAUCGACAUAGACACGCAGAAUCCAGACCUCACGACACGUGGCGAAUUAUUUCCGAACACUUCAAUGGGCAAUGUCACGCUCAUGAUAGAAAAGGGACUGUCCCGAAUGAGGGACCGGUAUGCGCAAUUAUCACAACAGGUUAGCCCAAAUGUCGAUAUUUCGGCUCUGAUGCACGUGUCUGUCACUCUCCCUUUUGGAUGGGAUGAGAUGCUUUCUAAGCUUGCCCUUGCAAGCAUGUCGAUGGCCUACGAUCGGUACAGAAGUUGGUAUAGUACGGUGGCAACUAGUAGAAGGGGUGUCAAGUGCAAGGCAGCUGAAGCAUUCGAUGCAGGAGCCAAGCGCACGACAGAUGAAGCAUUCAAUUCUGGACCAUUGAGGAACACACGUUCACGCACGCGUGCUCGCACUGCCGCUGUACUUGUCCGGGGCCAGAGCUUGCCGUAA